AUGAGCAAGGCCCACCCUCCCGAACUGAAGAAAUGUAUGGACAAGAAGUUAUCGUUGAAGUUAAAUGAUGGCAGACACGAAUAAGGAACACCACGGGGCUUUGACUUUAUGAAUCACGUGAUUGAUGAGUGUGUGGAGAUGGCAAACAGUAGGCAACAGAAUAACACCGGAACGGUGGCCAUACAAGGAAACAGCAGCAUCAUGUUAGAAACCUUGGAAACAGUCUGA